UGCACGGUUUGGAUCUGUAGGAAUUCAUAUCAACCAACCGGACUCUCCUCUUCCUGACUGAGAUGUUGCGAUGUUCCGUGCAGCCUUACAAAACGUGGACUUGUUUUGGCUGAUUUUGUUGUAUUUUCUUGUGUUACUGGAGACUGGCUGUGGAUCAGCCGAUGUGGACAGCUGUCAUGAGGUGAAGACAGCCUACAUGAUGCGCCAAAUAGGCCCGGUGGAGCUGGUGCCAGACAGGCCAGGAACAGAUGAGUCUCUGCGAGUGUGCAUCCACCCCGGGCCCAGCUGCUGCACCAGUAAGAUGGAGGACAGCUACAUGUCUGCUGUUCGCAGUGAGACGCAGCAGAAGAUACGUUCAUACAGCUUUGAGCUCAAGUAUCUGAUCGCUGGACACACCAAGGCCUACCAAGAGACCUUCGAGUCGCUCGUGUCCUUCACAUCUAACCUCACCAGCACUCUUUUUGACAACGCCUACUCUGCGUUGGCUUCUGACUGUCGCCCCUUUGUGCUUCAUCUGUUCAACGGCAUAAAACGCCACUUAUCUGGAGACUCUAAUUCCUCACUGGAAAGUACUGUGCGCCGGUUCUACAACGAUCUUUUCCCAUUGGUCUAUCGUCGUCUGCUCAAUCCCGGGAUAGGCCACAUGUCAGCCAAGUCCUAUACCCCCCUCCCCACCAAUCACGAUGAAUGCCUACGAAUGACGAGGCAGGACGUCAGCCCGUUCGGACCCCACCCUCGCCUCCUGGUCAGCAGCCUGUCCCGUGCACUUGGGGCCGGCCGAGCACUGAGUCGACUGCUGAGACUGGCUGGAGAGGUUGUGAAUGCAACAGAGAAGGCAACAUUAUCCAGAGAGUGUGGGCGGGGCUUAGUGAGGAUGCAGUAUUGUUCCCACUGCAGAGGGCUGACACUGAUAAGGCCCUGUACUGGACUCUGUGUCAACAUUAUGAGGGGAUGUCUGGUGGGUGUUUCAGAGCUUAGCGCCCCCUGGGGGAGUCUGGUGGUGCUCCUCCAACGGUUAGCUGCCACUUUAGCAACCAGCAGCAACCAAAACAGCAUGGAGCUAGCACUGUUAGCAGUACGAAACCAUGUGAACGAUGCUAUUCUGCACGCUCAGCUGCAUGGGCCACGCAUCACAGCCACGGUGGAGAAGGUUUGUGGACCUCAGGCAGCUGUUCCCAUGAUUCCAGUUGGAAAUCCCACCACUACACUUGUUACACCCUCAGUGAGACCCGCUACAUUAGUGACUACAGAGCCGUCCCACUUCACAUCGACUCCCUCAGUGGGCCCACCUGCUAAGCGGCGUCUGCAGAGUCAGUCCAGGAGGUCAUUCGUCCUUAAAGGUUCCAAAGGAGACAAGAGUCGCAGCUUGAAAAAACUGUCCAGGGAGUUUGAAGGCUCGAUCCAGAGGUACCAGUGGUUCUUCUCCGAGCUGCCUGAGAUGCUCUGUGAGAGUGAGAUGGAGGUCGAGCAGCACACAUGCUGGAGCGGCCAAGACGUCGUAGAGAGUUAUGCAGGUCGAGUGGUUGGCAGCACUUUAAAAGCCCAGAAGGAAAACCCAGAGAUGGCUGUCCGCAAUACAGAUCCUGUCCUGAAGGGGGCGAAGCAGAGGCUGGAGCAGCUGACACAGGAGCUGUUAGUGGAGCUGGGCUGGGCCACUAAAGCCAGAGCAAAGGUGGAGGAAGAGGAGGGAGGGAGCGCUCAGACAGAAAGAGGCAGCGGGGAUGACUGUGAUGAUGAAGACGGCUGUGAAGCAUCUGGUGAGGCUAACGGUGAUGAGACUGGUGAAUCAUCCAGCGGUCAAAGUCCAGCAACAAAGGACGUGGCUCCUCCUCCUCCUCGUCGCCCUGUCCCUCCUAAUCGCCUCUCACCUCCACAGGUUGCUGUUCGAGGCUCAGCCCACACGUUAUCUUUCACACCUUUGACCCUGGUGACCCUGCUACUCCUCGUGCUGUCACCAUGGCAACACCGUUGAUCACACAGGCAGAGCUGAACCCUGAGACUGACGGAGAGACAGAAAGACUGAGAGACAGCCACACGUUUGUGGUGAAGAGAAGUGUCUUGGAGUUUCUGUAAGCGCCAGUCAAACACUCUGAUUGGCCAGUUGGACACACUGUUGAUUUAUCACAGCUGCAAGUGCACAGUUUUUAUUUUUAUGUUACCUGUACUGACCUCUACAUGCGUUAUUUGUUUUAACCCUGAUAGGAUAGAUUGCACAGCACUACUGACUUUUUUGAAGAGAGAUGUAAAUACAAAUAUAUAUAUUAUAUAUUUAUAUGAAAGUUUCUAUAGCUAACAACGGCUUGAUGUGUAAAAAGAGAUUAAUAUAGAAGGAGCAGAAUGACUUGGACCUAAAGGGAUGUUUGCUUUCUGUUUGAACUUUAUGUUAUGUUAGCUGACAGCUACAGUUCAGGCUGAAGGCUCACUACAGCAGCUGUUUACUUGCAGUGAGGACACUCGUGAGUCACUAAUGUUGAAGAGCACAGAGCGUUAAACAGAAAAGGAGAUCGUGACACUUUCUUGAUCGGCAUAAUUAUGUGAUACUUAAAACUGUGUACAUAUGGUCACGCAGCAUAAUGAAAAAUGUGGCAGUUUGGCCCGUAAGCCCAGACGACACCUUUUCUUCACACAAACACGCUCUUUUAUUCAUGCAAGCUGUGCAGUGCUUUUUAUAAUCUCUGCAGUGAGUACACUAAUAGUUUUUACCAUAACACUUCAAAAAUGCCACUCAAACAGCUAAGAUCUCUCCCAAGGAACUGCUUCUUCUGUUAUGUGUCAUUUCCAAGCAUUUAAUACCACUUACAGUCAUGAUAACUGUGGGAAAAAUAACUAUUUCCCUCACAAGGUGCAGUGUACAAGGCUGUGAUAGUGCAACAGGGAGGGAUGUAACUGCUUACAUUUCAACUUCAAUUUUAGAUCGAGCUGCCGUGGAAAUUUCUUGACAGCAAGCUCACUUUGCUCCAAACUAUAUAAAGCAGCUGAUACAAGGAGUGUCUAAAUAUGGCAUGUAUUUAAGAGCAAGACACAACCUGGAAAAUCUUCCAAAAAAGUGAAUAAUUUGACACCUCACUGUCACAUGCAAACAGGAAACUGUCAGUAUGAUUUCAAAGGCUGUCUGGCCUCCAAAUGUCUUCAUAACAGACUUCAAUCCCCUGCUGAAAGACUGCGUACAAGACAAGUAAAUAUAGUCAAGUGUUUUCUUAUUUAGAUGCAUGUGUUGUCCCUAUCAAAUGAAGUAAAAAACAGAGUAUUAGAAGAGUGAUCAGGGUGCUGCUGAGCCCAGAUCCAGACGUGUAAUUUUGAUUUGAUUUAUAUUAAUUGAGACUGUCACAUUUCUCUGGCUCUUAAACCCCACAAACUGCAGAACAACAGCAGGACAGACAACUGGAAUACUGAUUAAAUAGAUUAAUAAUGAAGCAGAUGAACCAGCUGAAGGACGCUGCAUGCAUUUCUCUUGACCGGCAACUUGUCUUCCCCUGAUGUCGUCACUUUGUCCCAUAUAGCUCUCUGAAAAUGUCAGAGUACCCACAUAACUGCCAUUUUAUAUCACCUAAGGCACUCUAUCCACAAAGGAAUGUGACUGACAGAGAAGACAACAGAAGAAAUACCAUUAGGAGAUUAAAUGUUUUGGCAGAGAGCCCAAAUGCCAUGUAAGCUUGUGGGAUGCUUCUACAACUUAAUCUGUCGAACAAACAUACUAUUAUUUAAUUUCUAUAUAAACGCUAUACCCAAAAGAGAUUAGGUGCUGGAUUUAAGCCAAGCAUUUAGUCUUUCACAGCCCCUGAUAGUCAACAUGCAGGAACAAACCACCCAACAAAUACCAAUAGAAAGGUGCAUAAAAGGCUGACACUCCAACAGGAUACGCAAAUCUGCUUUUAUGCCACUUUAUGUUCAGAUACACACUCUGGGUGAACCUGUUUAACUGCUUAUUAACCCAAAUACCUAAUCAGCCAGUCACAUGGCAAUAACCAGUGCAUUUAGGCGUGAUCAAGAUAAUGUGCUGAAGUUCAAACCAAGCAUCAGGAUGGAGAAGAAAAGUGACUGAAUGUACCAUGGUUGUUGCGGCCUGAUCAGCUAGUCUAAGUAUUUCAGAUGCUGCUAAUCUUCUGUGAUCUUCAUGCACAACCAUCUUAGGGACUGCAGAACAUGUUAUAUGCCUUUACCAUAUAUGGUAACUGGGGCCUACUUCCUUCGUGGCAUCUCCCCAACUGUCUGUGAAACAGAUGAACCAUGGUGAUUUUUCACAGCAAAUCAGUGGAGAUCAGUCAACGUUACAGAAUGUGACAUCAUAGCAUCUGACCAAUCAGCAGUGGACCAGAGCGUCUUAAAUUUCCUAUUUCCUCCAGAACUCACAAAAUGCAGUUUUACAUCUGUUUUGGUCCCACACAGAUUGCUUUAACAUCAACUAACCAUGGUAAGUUGAUGAAACCCACACAUCAUGCAGGUGAAUAGUAGUGCUGAAUGUCAUGCUAGGUUUUG